AAGACGGUAGUUCAAAUCAUACCUGGUCACCGAGACAUCAUGUUACGAAUCAGCUCACUGGUGCUGCUUAUUGGCAUCGUAGAAGUUUUCGGCACGGUGCUUCCCGACGACGUUUUGCCAGCAAAUGAACGCAUUGUUGGUGGACACGAUGCGCGCGCUGGACAGUUUCCAUUCAUGACCUCUUUGCGGAUAGGAAAUAGCCAUUUCUGUGGCGGAUCGAUCAUGAGCGAUCGCUGGGUUCUUACAGCGGCCCAUUGUCUCGUUGACUUGCAACCAGCCAUUGUAAGCGUGGUAAUCGGAUCACAUCAGUUGAACAGUCGCGGAGAGACUCACAGGUCGUCGCGUUUUGUGAUGCAUCCAGCGUUCAAUGAAACGUCCAAUUGGAACGACAUUGCACUGAUACAAACUGCUUCAAUGAUGAUCUAUGCUCCAACCAUUCAACCGAUCACUUUGGCAGAACGGAACGUAGACGAGGCCAGUGGCGCCACCGUAGCCGGCUGGGGACAUGUGAGAGAAGGUGGUGGAUUCACGAACACUUUGCAAUGGAAGGUCACUAAAAUUAUCGCACUGGAUCAGUGCCGGAAGCUGCAUUCAGACUUCCAUGCGGCUCACGUAUUUGAUGAGAAAAUUUGUACAAUCAACAAUGUUGGCGUGGGUGCAUGCGUGGGUGAUUCCGGUGGGCCGCUAGUGUAUGGAGGUGAACAGCACGGCAUUGUGUCAUGGGGAUACGGGUGCGCCAGAGGUGCUCCCGAUGUGUACACUCGCGUUUACUCCUACCGGGAAUGGAUAUUAGAGAAUAUCGAAUCGUAAGAUGGAUUCACCAGUAUGAGUCCUAAUAACCAACAUUUAAAAAAAAAAAAGAUGAAUUCUUCUAAAUAAUUCUCCGUGUUCAUUUUCCGAGGCAUUUUUAUGUUUUUUUUUCGAAAAUACAGUGUCUAGCACAAGUCACAGGAUCCACCAUCAAUAUAUCAGAAUACUUAUGCAGAAUUCAUCCAGUUUCAUAAGAGUUAUGUUGUUGACGAAUACAAAAUUUUAACCUAUCUAGCACAAACGUAAGCAUUAAAAAAUGGAUGGCGAUAAAAAAAAAACUACAAAAAGGUGAUUCAAUGGAGCAAUCCUAUCCAAAAUUAUCCUAAAUUAUUGGAAUAAACCCUUCGUUUGAGGUUCGCUUAAACAUUUUUUUUCUCGUUCCUUUCUUGGCUCUCGUUAUUUUCUAGAAGGGAGAGUAUGUUGUAAAUGUCGGAUCGGCAAUAUCCAGAGAACACGAAAAAAAGUAAUAGAAAGAAAAAAAG